CACGUCACAAUGGAGGCCAUGGGACGUCAUAACUGUGGCCUCUGGUCGUCAUCAUCAUAUGCGUCUGGUAACAACACAGAACUGUGUUACAUUUCUAAACUUAAUUCACUAUUGAUAACGCGCUAUUAAGUGAACGGGAUUCUCUAUGUUUUGCAUAUCUUCAGCGUCGUGUAGAUUUAUUCAGAUGUUUAUGAAGAUCACAGCGCGGACUGCAGCACAGCAGCAGUUACUGAGGCGAAUCUGAGAUGGUCUUCCUGAAAUAAGAGGAUGGAUGGAAGUGAGAAGAUUGAAUCUGAUGAUGUGGUGAUCGUCGUGGAGAACGAGGCGGAGAGUAAGCGUGAUGAUGAAGACCAGGGCAGUGUGAGGAUGAUGAUGAUGAUGGCUCUGAUGGACGUGUGUCCCGUGUGUAAGCUCAGCUUCAGCAGCAGAGAACCGAAGCUUCUGCCCUGCCUGCACUCCUUCUGUAAGAGAUGUUUACCUGCUCACAACACACCUGCCAGCACAGCCGGCAACGCCAACCAGUUGAACAUGAUCCGCUGUCCAGUCUGUCAGCAGGAGUGUAUGGAUGUUGAGGUCUUGGAUAACUUCUUUGUCAAGGAUUCCGUGGAAGUGCCGAGCAGCACGAUGGAAAAGAGCUGUCAGCUCUGCGUGAGUUGCGACGAUAACACAGAGGCCAGCGGUUUCUGCGUGGAGUGUGUGGAGUUUCUGUGCGUCACCUGCAUCGAUGCUCAUCAGCGUGUGAAGUUCACCAGAGAUCACACGGUCCGGCAAAUAACCGAAAUGUCCUCAGAGGCGAUGGGCGCUUCCACACAGAAGCCCGUCUUCUGCGACAUCCACAGACAAGAGCCGUUAAAGCUGUUCUGUGAAACCUGCGACCGCCUCACCUGCAGAGACUGUCAGCUUCUCAAACACAAGGACCAUAAUUACCAAUUUCUAGAAGAUGCGUAUAAGAACCACAAGGAACAUCUGGAAAAUAUGACCUGCCAACUUCAAGAAAAGAAGAAAGCUAUAGAGGAUGUCUCUAAUACCAUAAACAAUGGUCUUCAGCAAGUGGAUGAAAAUCGCAAGACCGUGGCUAAUGAGAUUAAAAAGUCCAUCUGCAAUCUCAUCAUGGAGAUCAACAGGAAGGGGAAGUUAUUAGUGAAUCAACUUGAGGCCAUCACGAAGGACCAUGAAACCCUCCUGAAGAAGCAGCAACAGGAUGUGACGUCACUCUCCACACAUCUCGAACAUGUGAUUAACUUCACAAAGUGGGCCACAGCCAGUAACAGUGGAACGGCCCUCCUGUACUGCAAGCGGUUGAUAACAUGUCAAAUCCAGUACCUCAUGCGAGCAAAGUGCAACAUCUCGUAUGUUCCCCAGAGCUUGGUUCGGUUCCAGUGUCGAUCUGCUUUUUGGGCAUCAAAUGUGGAUCUUGGGUCUUUAGUCGUAGAGAAAACUCCAGUCCGUCAUCCCAGCGGUCCACAGCAAUUCCUUUUCCAACAAAUGAACCCAGGCCCCAGACCCGAUGGUCUUCAGGCAGGGUUCCGGAGCUCACCGUCCCAGCAACACCAGCAACAGCAGCAACAGCAGCAGCAGCAGCAGCAGCGGCAGAGCACACUGGCCCAACUGCAGAUGCAGGUGGAGAAACUCUCCCAGCAAACCAACCGCCACCAACCACCCAAUCAAUGGUCAUGGUACCACGGUAUGCGCUUACCAGGGCCGCCUCCACAUAGACCCCUACAGGGUGGCUCGCCAUCUCAGACGUUACCCAGCAUGCCUCAGCACGGGCGCAGAUAUGGCGCACGAAGCCCUCCACCUAUGCUUCAGCCCUCUAGCUUACCUACACAGACUCUGAGGGGUCUCAUCAACAAUCCCACCUUCCCUCCUAAACCGAUGGAAGUGCUGCCGAGAAGUCGCUAUCCGCACAGUGCUGCUCUUUCCAGUGGAGCUUCACAUCCGUCUCCACACACGUUCCAUCAGCAAAACAUGCAGGCAACAUCAUACCUGAACAGGAGAUAUGAACCCAGCGCGCUGCUGACGGCUCAAAGGCCCAGUUAUCCACCCAGUCACCCCUCCACGCCAACAGAGCGAACUGCACAAGGAAGGCAGUUUUCACAGAUGUCUAUCACCUCAUCAGAACCAAAGACCAGUUCUGUCUCCUGGAAACGUGCAGAAGCCCCCCAGAGUGGCCCAUCAAACCCCUCCACCAAAAGAAGACGCAGGUUGUCUCCAGGACCGGUCAUCGUCAUCAAAGAUGAACCAGAGGAUGAUGAUGAAGUUCAUUUUGUAAACACCAGUGCUAAAGCCAGUCUUCCAGACAGCACAGGGGUUCAGUCUCAAACGCCACUGCAGGGUGAGCAGCAAACAGAGAAGACCCCAGAAGCAGAUGAAGACCCCAAUGAGGACUGGUGCGCAGUGUGCCAGAACGGAGGAGAACUGCUCUGCUGUGACAAGUGUCCCAAAGUCUUCCAUCUUACCUGCCAUAUCCCCACUCUGACUGCUUCCCCAAGUGGUGAGUGGUAUUGUACAUUCUGCCGUGACCUUACCUCACCUGAAAUGGAGUAUAACGUCAAUGCUAGCGGAGAAUCGAACAGUGUGAAGCAGGAUCCGGAUUCGGAGGCUUUCACUCCUGUGGAUAGAAGAAAAUGUCAGCGACUGCUGCUUCGUCUUUAUUGCAAUGAGCUCAGCACAGAUUUUCAGGAGCCUGUAACUCCAUCGUCGAUGCCAGAAUACAGUGAGAUAAUAAAGAUGCCAAUGGACCUGUCUGUGAUCAGAAGCAAACUGGGGGACAGUAGUUAUAAGAGCACUGAGGACUUUGUUGCGGACGUCCGGUUGAUUUUCAAAAACUGUGCAACUUUCCACAAGGAAGACACUGAAAUGGCCAGUGUGGGCGCUAAUCUGGAGAGUUACUUUGAGGAACUGUUGAAGCUCUUGUAUCCAGACCGGACGUUUCCAGGCGUGAAGGAGGAGAGCAUUGCUUCUUUGUGUCCUGACGAAUCAAGUCCCUUAUCUAAGACGCCUCCACAAGACACUUCCCCAGUAGAGGAGGCUGCGAGACCCUCUGGUGAAGAUCUCCCUCAGGAGGAACCGCACACUAAAGACAUCGAGGAGAAGCAAGAGAACUUGAGCGCCGCUUCAGGAUCCAGUCCUGUAAAUGCUGAAACGGACAAUAAUGAGACUAAAGAACCAACUUCCUGAAAGAAUCUUCCUUGUUUUUCCUCUAAAGACUGGAUGGUGACAUGCACUUUUCUAGAGCGUGAAAUCUCUGGUUCAAUUGCAAUAAUUAUACUGUAUAUUUUAAUUGUUUUAAGCAUUUGGAAAACAAGCUAAAAAACAUACUAAAAAUGUAUUAUAACAAUGCAGUGUGUAAUAUAGGCACAAUAAAUAUCUGAAAUAUG